AUGUACUUUCUCUCCAAGAAGGACAGUACGACUGCCCUAGAGAUCUUUGCUGUUUUCCACUGGAUGUUCUGCUUCUUCUUUCUCCGUGAGUUUUUAGCCUUUGAAUUACUUGUGGUCACUAGCACUCUCUACCUGCUGUUCACGCUAUACUGCUUUGUCACUCUGCUCAUCCUCACCUGGAUGGCUUUUGACUGGAAGGCCCCUGAGCGAGGUGGCCACCGGGUUUCCUAUGUUAGGCGUUGGAACCUGUGGAGACAGUACUGUAAUUACUUCCCACUAAAGCUUGUGAAGACUCAUGCUAUAUCCCCCAACCACAACUACAUUGUGGUCUACCACCCUCAUGGAUUCCUGGCCCAUUCUUGCUUCGGUAACUUUGGCAGAGAUAGAUCAGACUUCGGCAAGCUCUUUCCCGGCAUCACCCCUUAUCUUCUCACACUGGGAGCCUUUUUCUGGCUGUCUUUCUUCAGAGACUAUCUCAUGUCUGUAGGAGCCUGCUCUGUGAGCUGUUCCUCCAUAGACUUUCUGCUUACCCAUAAGGGCACAGGCAACAUGUUGAUUUUGAUACCUGGUGGUCUGGCUGAGUGUGAAUAUAGCAUACCAGGCUCUAAUACCUUGUUCUUAAAGAAGCGAACUGGCUUUGUGUACAAGGCUCUUCAGCAUGGGGCAGCUCUAAUCCCUACCUAUGCCUUUGGGGAGACAGACCUCUACGAUCAGCACAUUUUCCAUCCCGGAGGCUUGGUCAAUUGCUUCCAGAAGUUGUUCCGGAGAUUGACGCACAUCUACCCUUGUGCUUUCUAUGGGCGCGGCUUCACUGAGAACUCCUGGGGUUUGUUACCCUAUGCUCGGCCUGUAACCACCGUUGUUAGGAAGCCCAUAUUUGUGCCCAAGAUUGAACAGCCAAGCAAGGAUAUCGUGGCUCAAUACCACACACUCUAUAUUGAUGCCCUGAGGAAACUGUUUGACGAGCACAAGACCAAGUAUGGCAUGUCAGAAACUCAGGAGCUGGUGAUAAAUUGACAGACAUCCCCAG